AUGCAGUUCCUCACUCGUAUCGCUGCGCUCGCCGCUGUCGCAGCUCCGUUUGUCGCCAAUGCUGCUCCCGUCGACACCCCUCGUGCGAACGAGAUCAUCCCCGGCAAAUACAUCGUCCAGUUGAAGCCUGACACGGAUGUUGCGUCAAUUGCUGCCCACCACAACAAAGUGCGCAGCAUACAUGCUCGCAACCUGGCUCGACGAGGUGAUGAUGGCGCGGGUGGCGCUCCGGUGGAGCGCGAGUAUGGAUUUGGCAACUUCAAAGGCUAUGCUGGUUCAUUUGACGAUGCAACCGUCGAAGAACUGAAGGCUUUGCCCGAGGUCCUCACCAUUGAACCAGACUUCGUCAUGAGGAUAAGUGAGUUUGUAACUCAACCAAAUGCGCCGUUAGGUCUAGCCGGUAUCUCGUCUCGUACACCAGAACCCACUGACUAUGUCUACGACGAAAGUGCGGGUGACGGCACUUUCUCCUACGUAAUGGAUACUGGCGUCCGUAUCACUCACGUGGAUUUCGAGGGACGAGCGAUUCAUGGGUUCAAUGCUGUUGCAGGCAGUCCUGAUACUGAUGAAGAGGGCCACGGAACGCAUGUAGCUGGAACCGUUGGAGGUGCAAAAUACGGUGUCGCUAAGAAAACUAACAUCAUCGACGUCAAGGUCCUUGGUAGCGCGCAGGGGAGCGCGUCGGAUGUUUUCGCUGGCUUUGAUUGGGCGAUUAAUGAUAUCGUGUCCAAGGGUCGACAAAACACUGCCGUCAUUAACAUCUCACUCGGCUCUUCCGCUUCAACACUAUGGGACGCUGCCAUCACCGCAGCCUGGGAGAAAGGUGUCCUUGCCGUCAACGCAGCAAGAAACGAGAACAGUCCAGCCGAAAACUCCUCCCCAUGCCGUUCUCCCGAAGUUAUCUGCGUCGGAAACGCAGAGAUUGAUUUCAGCCGGCACUCUGGUCCUGGAGGCUCCAACUACGGCCCCGAGGUCGAUAUCUUCGCUGUGGGAACAAACAUCGUCUCUGCAUCUUGGCGCAGCGAUACAGCGGAAUGGAGCACAACGGGUACCUCCAUGGCCUCCCCGGCUGUAGCCGGCCUAGUCUCGUACCUCCGUGCUCUCGAGGGGCCAAGCACUGCUGCUGAGGUCAAGGCGAGGGUAUAUGAGUUGGCCACGCCAGGUGUCGUGACUGAUACCCUAGGUUCGGUGAACCUGAUGGCUUUCAACGGCAACCCUAGUGCACGCAUCGCUAGCAGCCCGAGCAAUGCUACAAAUGCCACCGUCGAGGCACGUGGAGCUUGGAAGCUAUGGUAG